UGGCGGCGUGCAGUCACAGCUCAGCUCGUCAAAACCCACCUAGAUAAGACAGUCGGCUAAUAUCCCCGCCGCGCAGACACCGUAUAGAUCUAUAUAAAUCACCAACGUCGUUGAAUUCAGCAUUCCGAUACAUCCGUGAAAAGUGCUUUCAAUUUCAUUUGAGAGAAAGUUGUUUGUGUUUAUGCAAAUCACCUGGAGUGUUCUUCGCUGACCCCAACUUAACAGAGUGCACGAAGGAAUUACAGCAGUUUUAAAGGACAUUUAGAAUACUUGUAUUCAAUUUUAAAUUUUGUACUCUAGGUAGAUUUAAGUUGGAAGACAAUUUUUGUCAAAGAAUGAUAUCCGUUUCAGUGUGUUGAUAUUGUAAGUCUCUGGAUUUCUGUGGUGGGAUUAAAAGUGAAUACAGGGCGUUUAAGUUUCUUAGACACUGAGUGUGAUUUCUCACUUUGUUAUCAAAGUUGCAAAGCAACUGUGCACACUAUAGAUCAUACAAUUUAAAUUACGUCUAGUGUAAAAGGAUUUGUGUGAUUUGGAAGCUGAAGGAAGCAACUCUGGUGUAAAAACUAAUUCACAAGUAAAACUUGGCGUGAUUUUGAAGGCAUAGUUGCACCGCCAGAAAGGAAAUACAACUUGUCACGAUGGAUAUAAGAACCAGCAACGAGAAAGAAGCAUGGUUGAAGGAAAAGCCAAAGGAGAAUGGGAGCGGUGAGCAGCCCAACGUGCGAUCAACGAGAAAGGUGACACCGCCCUCAAGGAGCUCAUCGUCAACGAACUGGGAGGCUGGCCACUCAUCACCUUGGGCUGGGACCCAAUGACCUUUGACCUGGUGAAUGCUAUCAUCACUCACAACAAGUACAAUAGCUACCCCUUGCUCAGUGUCUACACUGGAAUUGAUAACAAAAACUCCUCUCAGAGGAUUCUCAAGAUGGAGCAGACUGACUUCGGACUUCCCGGCCAGAAAUAUUACUUGGUUGCCCGUGACGACCCGAUGCUGAUUGCCUAUGAAGACUUGAUUGUGGGCGUGGCCAAGCUCAUGGGCGGAGAAACCAACGAACAAGUCCUUCGAGAGGGGGCCAAAGAGAUUGUGGAUUUUGAAAUUGUUUUGGCAAACAUCUCAGUGCCGGACGAAGAACGCAGAGACGCGAACACACUGUACAACCCAAUGACGCUGAGAGACGUGCACGGGAACUACAGCCAGGCUUUCGACUGGCGGUCUUACGUGUUUCGAGUGAUGACCAUGCCGGACAUUGGCAUCACGGACAUCAGCGAUGACGAGGUCAUCAUCAACCUGUCACCACCCUACUACAAGAGACUUACGCAGGUUCUGCAGGGCACAGACAGAAGGACACUGGCUAAUUAUGUCGUGUGGAGAUUUGCUCUCCAACUUCUGAGCACCCAAGGGGAACCGUACCAAGAGCUUAUCCGUGUCUACAGAAAGGCUAUCUAUGGCAUCAGCUCAGAAAUGGCUCGCUUCAGGAAAUGUGCGGCGUACACCACCUCUUACGUUGGACUCGCAGUCGGACGGAUGUUCAUCAAAGACAACUUUGAUGCUGAAGCGAAACAUAUGGCCCUAGAAAUGAUCGAAGGUUUACAGCACUCUUUCAAUGAGCUGGUGGACGACUUAGACUGGAUGGAUAAGGAGACCAAGAGAGUCGCUCGGAUCAAGUACACCUACACACCGGAUGACUACUUCGGCAAUGUUCUGGAGAACCGACGAGAGGGCUUCAAGACCACUAUGAGGAGACUGCGAGAGCCUUACGAUAAAGAAAAAUGGGAGAGCCCACCCUCCACAGUCAAUGCCUUCUAUAGCUCUAUCAGGAAUCAGAUCAUGUUUCCAGCCGGUAUAUUGCAGCCUCCAUUCUUUAGCCAAACGUACCCAAAGUCUUUAAAUUAUGGCGGUAUCGGCGUGGUCAUUGGCCACGAAAUCACUCAUGGAUUUGAUGACCGGGGUCGCCAGUAUGACAGUGACGGUAACCUGGUACAGUGGUGGAGCGAGUCGGCCAUUGAAAAAUUUAAGGGCAAGGCUCAAUGCAUCGUCGACCAGUACGGAAAUUUUACCGUCCCAGAAGUGGAUCAGAACCUCAACGGUGUAAACACCCAAGGAGAAAACAUCGCUGAUAAUGGAGGCCUGAAGCAAGCUUACAGGGCAUAUCGGAACUGGGUCACUGAACAAGGCAAAGAAGAACUGCCUCUCCCUGGCCUCAAGUUCUCACACAACCAGCUGUUUUUCAUCAACUUUGCUCAGCUGUGGUGUAAUUUACUCCGGGAGGAGAACGCUUUGAACAGAAUACGCACUGGGGUCCACAGUCCAGGCAGAUUCAG